ACACGAGUGAUUGCCGUGUUUGACCUGGACUCACAUAACCUUUGGCUUAUACUCUCUCACACGACACAAACUACACGCCAAUCUCAGAUUUCACUUCUCAACUUUUCAUUCUUCCUUCUUCUUCAUCAAUCAAUCUAUCACCACAUGCUUCUUCUACAUGCUCAUCGAUCUUGCUUUUUCUGAUCGCUGAAACAUGACGAGAGUUAACAGGAAUCAUGGAAGAGAUUCCAACAACAACAAUAACAAUAACAAUAACACUUUUGAUACUAUAAACGCUGCUGCUUUUGCUAUAGCUUCUUCUCAGAAUCGCGUUUCUGAAUCUGUUAAUAAGAAGAAAAAAUGGGGAAACUGGUUGAACAUAACCGGGUGUUUCGGAUAUCAAAAGAGCAACCGAAAGCGAAUUGGACAUGCUGUUCUUGUUUCAGAAACAACAACUGCUGGAACAGACGCUGCUGCGGCUGCUAAUGCUGUUAGUUCAACAGCUCAAGCGCCACCGAGUAUAACACUUCCCUUCAUUGCUCCUCCUUCAUCUCCGGCAUCAUUCUUUCAAUCCGAACCUCCUUCAAUCGCGCAAUCACCCGUCGGUUUAGUAUCUAAAACUUCUGUAUCUGCAAGCAUGUACUCGCCUGGUGGACCUAACUCAAUCUUCGCCAUUGGCCCUUACGCGUACGAACCGCAAUUAGUUUCGCCGCCUGUUUUCUCGGCUUCGUCGACCGCUCCUUAUACUCCGCCUCCCGAAUCUCUCCAAUUGACCACGCCUUCUUCGCCUGAGGUUCCGUUUGCUCAGCUAUUUGACUCCAAUAACAGAAACUCUGAGACUUAUCAGAGGUUCCAAAUAUCUCACUAUGACUUUCAGAAUUAUCAAUUUCAACCUGGGAGUCCGGUUGGUCCGCUGAUAUCACCAAGAUCCGCGAUCUCGGUGUCUGGUACCUCGUCUCCUUUGCCGGAUGAGUUUCAAACAGCAGACACUGCUAAGCUUCUUAAACUGGAUAAGCUCUCAAUUUAUGGAAAGCAGAAGUCAAAUCAAAGUUCUGGGACUAUAACACCAGAUACUGUAAAAUCCACUACUACUCAAGCUGGUUUUCAUCCGAAUAAUUGGGCUUCUGAUAUCAAAAUCUCCCCUUGUCCAAUCAAUAACCGUCGAAAUGAGAUUAGUGUAAAUCAUAGGGUCUCAUUUGAGUUAUCCGCCGCUGUGGAAAACAAGCCAACAGCAUCAUCAGCAUGGACUAAAGUCCUGUCGAAAUUUAAAAGCGACGCUGCAGCAUCAACAGGCAAAGAAGAGAAUGACUGUGAUGACAAACAAGUUGUAACAGAAACUCUUAUCGAUGCGCCGAAGCAAACAAAACCUGCUUUGGUUGGAGAUGAUGCAACAGUUCAUGAGAAGGAUCAAUCAUUAACCCUUUCUUCAUCUUCUACAAAAGAAUUCAAUUUCGAUAGCGCAGAAGGAGGAGAUUCUCAUGCACCAAAUAUAGUUGCUGAUUGGUGGGCUAAUGAGAAAGUUGCAGGGAAUGAAGGAGGGACCUCAAAGGAUUGGUCUUUCUUUCCAAUUAUUCAACCUGGUGUUAGCUAGCAAGUAAAGGAUUAACAUAUAUAGUCGAUUCUUGUUCGCAGGAACUUCGGAAAACCCAACAGCAACACCUGCUAAAUUGAAUGGUGGUGAUUGGGGAGACUAACACAGUGAUGGUUUGGAUUUUGGACACAAUGGCCCCAAAAGCAAUAGUGAAUUUGAAUAAUUUGUGUUUGGAAGCUUCUUUUCCCACUUCAGAUGCACUUGUUGGGAAGUAUACUUUUGAAAAAAUAUACAAUUCUUUUUGACAAAGUGUGGUGUCAAAGAAGUUACUUUUGUGUUUAUGUAGGUUUUACUAAGUUUGGAUUAGAAAUAGAUGUAUAUACAUUUUAAGUGUUUGUACUUUAUCCUUUGUUGAUUUUAUCUAUAAUUUUAUUUGCAA